AUGUCUACAACUACUUAUCAAAAUAAUCAUACUUCGACGUCAUUUUCACGACGAAAUGUUAAAAGAUCACCAACAGUAAUUGAAACGAAUAAUAUUCGUUCUAAUAUUCCAUUAAAAGACGGUCAUUCCAUUAAUCCAACACCACCUAAACGUGAAUCACUACCAAGAAAUUCGACUGAUGCUAAACUGUCUUUUAUAGUAGAAGAUUCGGCAAGAUCAAUGUCGCGUGAUCGUCCGAAUGCAUGUGAACGUGCAUCAACACAACCUACACGACAAACCUAUACACAUAGUAAUCCACCACGUGAGCUUCAACGAGAUAAGAAAUUGGUACAAAAUAAUCGUUUACAUCAACGUAUAUCAUCAGCACCUGAUGAAACUUCUUAUCGGGAGUUUCCAAGUUCAAAAUCAACUAAAAAGAAAACAUCAUCCGCUAAUGUUGCAUUGGCAUCACGUUCACAUCAUGAUGGUGAUGAUGAUGACUAUGACAAGAAAAAUACUCAUUCUAUAAGAAGCAAUUAUGUUUUAAAACGUAAUGAACAACAAAUAGAGUCGUUAAAAGAUCGUUUAAAAGAACAAGAGAAAUUUAAAGUUCCUGAACUUGUUCAAGAACAAAGAAGCGCUAUUUUAUUGUGUCAUGAUUUAUCACCACGGAGCAUGCAAACCUCAUCGCCAAUAUCUGCCAAUAAUCCAGUAGAAAUACGAGGAAGUCCAAUUAUUCGUUCAAAUAAUUCAAACGGAUCUUCACCUGCAGAUACUAAAGUUUUAAAUUCAUUGCGGAGUUCUCAAUCAUCAGAUAAUGUGGAAGCUGAUAUGGUGGAUUCAUUCCAAUUACUUGCUGUUCUAGCUGAGAUGAACUUACAAAAUGAAUGUAGUCCAGGUGAAGUUUCAACACAAACUCAAUCGACAAGCACAUUCGAUGCAAGUAGAUACGAAUAUGUGGCUCCUAGUCUAAUUGAGACAGGAACAUUUAAAUUAUCGCCACGUACAAUUAACGUUGCUAAAGAGUUAGCAGCAAAAAAAGAUAUUCGGAAAAAUUAUCUAUUAGAAAUGCGUUCAAGUGCUAAUGCUCGAAUACCAAAAUUAUUGACAACGAUCGUUUCUGAUAAUAAUAAUACUAUGGGAGGGACUAGUACAGAUGCUGAGUCAUGUUUGUCAUUUAAAUUGAAUUCAACAGGUAUGAUUAAAAAACAAACCUCAAUUGAUGAAUAUGAUGAGCCACUUCAACCUAUGAUCAAUAAUGAUUCAAUGCAUUUAUGUUAUGAUGCAACACUCGAACGUUUCUACGAUCCAAAGAUGGGCAUAUAUUAUGAUUUGAUAUGA